AUGUGUCGACUCGAGCACUGGCUUUGUUGCAUAUGCGAGGACGCUUAUGUCGCCCUUAAUGUCUUCUGUGACGAUGUAGCUCCUGGAGCACCAGCUUGUCUGGAUGCUACUCGUUACGAGCGACAUAUCGUAGCGCGCUACUGCUACUUCUGCUCUAACGUAGGUCCUGGCGGUGCUCCUCUACCGGCAAAGACCAAAGAGUACCUCGAGAAUCUCGCAAGUCUAGAAGGCAUGCUUCGUGUGGCGAUGACACAGAACCAAGACGAUGUUACCGUUUCAGUGUUUAGCAACUGGCUGAUGGGAUUUAAUGGCCCAACUAUCAUCUACCCUUUCAAGGCCAGUCAUCCGGCAGUAAAUAGCAAUUCUACUAGAGAACACUUCGCACGCAACCUUUCACCACCAAAAAAGGUAGCUUCUUUCAUCCUUACUUCAUCCGAAACGGCUCGAGCUAGCGCGUUCAACUAUCAACAUGCGAUCCCGUUGAACUUGACACCUCAGUCAUGUGUUCGCCCUCUUGUACCGGUCCCGGAACAAGACUCUGUAGGCAGUGAGCCUGGUCAUGGAACCGACGAGGGAACCCGUCGCUGGUCAAAUAUGACACAUAGGAUGGCGUCCGCCGAGGUGGACCAACAAAACUCAUCAUCUUCUCUCUCAAAUCCAUCUCCUACAUCAUCAAAAGAUGCUGUAUAUGCCGCUUGGGAGGACAGCGAUGAAUCCCAGGGCGCUGCUAAGUCAGACAUCUCUGCGCUCAGCGUAAAGCAUCUGUCUAUAUCGUUUACUCCAGAUGAUCCUGAUGAUAUCGAUGUUUAUGCUACAACAUCCAGCAAUGAAUCAAAAGGCAAGCAAAUUGCGACCCCGCUGGCCUCUGCCCCAACUCCCGCAGGUGAAGAUGCAAAACCUGCUACCGAUACCGUAGGCCGUAUCGAGCAGCCUGUUGUUGUGAGCUAUGCAACUGUGGCUUCUAGCGCCCCGACCGCUCCGGUAGUAUUCAGCGCCGAUACCAUUAAGGAUGAUAGAACCGACAAGCAGGAGGGCAAGAAACCCACUGGGACCCAAAAGCCCACCCGAUCACUCGCUGUCGCCCCAGUGAUUCCUCUUGUUCCUAUUACUAGAGCCAAGGCUCUUCAAGAACCUGCUAUAUCUCGAAUCGAAUCUAUCCCAGAAGCUGUUGCUACUCCGAUCGUUACUUCAACUGUAGCCCCGACUCGAACGAAAGCCAAAACUAAGACUCGAGCACCAACUGAUCCAGAAGCCGUUAUCGUAUCAACCAAGGUAAACGUUGAGAAGGCUAAGGCCAGUACUGCCAAAUCUGCCACCCCUAAGAACGCCGCAGCUGCUACACGCGAGGGAGUUGAGAAAGACUCACCUGUGCUUCCCGAGACACAGAAGAAGCCUCUCCUCUAUAGCCAGGCAAUUGCUACCGGCGCCUCGUCCGGAGCUACUCCUACCGGCCUCCGUGGCCACUCCAUUGACCAUACUAAGAGCCAAGACGAGCCGAAGAAGAAGGAUCUCGACCAAAAGGGACGCCCGAAGAAGAGGGGCCAAAAGCCAAAACGUGGAAAAAAGAAACAGGAGGAACGCACGCAAGAACCAGAGUCUAAGCCGGCACCUAAACCGGAAUCGAAACCGAAGGCAAAGUCGGAGCCAGAGCCAGAGUACCACCAAUUCCGACUAGCAAGCCUAUCCUAUCGGGAUGCCCUUAAAGGAAGUCCGAAAGACAACGCCUUGCCCAGCUCGUCUUAA